AUUGGGACUUGGGGGUGUUGGACCCCUCACUCUACACUCUCAUCUUUUAAGCAAUCGUCCGCUUCGUUUCGCAAUCACAAAAAAAUUUAGCAAAAUUAGCGAACCCGCCACUCAUUUGAUUUCCAGAUUUUUCUCUUUUUUGUUUUUCCAGAUCUCUCCUCUCUAUCUGUCUUCCGAUUUUUUCGGUUUUUUUGGCUCACUGUAGGAGUCACCGGCGGUGAAGGAUAUGGUGGUGAUACACGGAGUGUCUGUUACUCCACGCUUCCCUCUUCCUUCUUCCUCUCCUCGACCUCUCAACAACACCGGCUUUAAUGGCAAUUCUAGCCUCUCUUUUUUCCUGAAGAAGCACCAUCUCUCUCGGAAGAUCUUUGCUGGGAAACAAUCUGCGGAGUUUGAUUCUUCCUCACAAGCUAUCGCUGCCUCUGAUAAAGUCUUAGUACCUGAUAAUCUUGAUGAUGAUCCCAGCAGUUUUUCAGAAGAACCACAGAGAUUUGAUCUAGAGGUUCAAACAAUGGAAAAGAACGAGGCAGUAACAACAGAAGAACAAGGGUCUGUUUUUGAUCCGCGUAAAGUUUACAAUGAUGCUAAAGUCGUCAAAGAGAGAGCGGCGAAACCAAGAACAGUUCCCCCACCUGGUGAUGGGAAGAAAAUAUACGAGAUUGACCCCAUGUUACGAAGUUACAGCAGUCAUCUUGAUUACCGUUAUGGACAGUAUCGAAGAUUGCGUGAGGAAAUAGACAAGUAUGAGGGUGGCCUGGAGGCAUUCUCUCGUGGCUAUGAAAAGUUAGGAUUUUCGCGCAGUGAUGCUGGUAUAACCUAUAGAGAGUGGGCGCCUGGAGCUAAGGCUGCAUCACUUAUCGGAGAUUUUAACAACUGGAAUUCUAACGCAGAUAUCAUGACUCGGAAUGAAUUUGGUGUUUGGGAGAUCUUUUUGCCCAACAACAGUGAUGGUUCACCUGCAAUUCCUCAUGGCUCACGAGUAAAGAUUCGUAUGGAUACACCAUCUGGCAUUAAGGACUCAAUACCUGCUUGGAUAAAGUUCUCGGUGCAAGCUCCAGGUGAAAUCCCAUUUAAUGGGAUAUACUAUGAUCCUCCAGAAGAGGAGAAGUAUGUAUUCAAACAUCCUCAACCAAAGAGACCUAAGUCGCUGAGGAUUUAUGAGGCACAUGUUGGCAUGAGUAGUACGGAACCAAUGGUCAAUACUUAUGCUAACUUUAGAGAUGAUGUUCUUCCACGCAUCAAAAGGCUUGGCUAUAAUGCUGUUCAAAUCAUGGCUAUACAAGAACAUUCAUAUUAUGCAAGCUUUGGGUACCAUGUCACAAACUUUUUUGCCCCAAGCAGUCGUUGUGGGACCCCAGAGGAACUAAAAUCACUUAUAGACAGAGCUCAUGAGUUAGGCCUGGUCGUUCUGAUGGAUAUCGUUCAUAGCCAUGCUUCAAAAAAUACAUUAGAUGGGCUUAACAUGUUUGAUGGAACUGAUGCUCACUAUUUUCACUCUGGACCUCGGGGUUACCAUUGGAUGUGGGACUCACGUCUUUUCAAUUAUGGGAGCUGGGAAGUAUUGCGGUAUCUCCUUUCAAAUGCACGGUGGUGGCUAGAAGAAUACAAGUUUGAUGGAUUUAGAUUUGAUGGUGUUACCUCAAUGAUGUAUACUCAUCAUGGACUCUCGGUUGGAUUUACUGGGAAUUACACUGAAUACUUUGGACUGGAAACUGAUGUGGAUGCUGUGACUUAUCUGAUGCUGGUAAAUGAUUUGAUUCAUGGACUCUACCCUGAAGCGAUUACUGUUGGUGAAGAUGUUAGUGGUAUGCCAACGUUUUGUAUUCCUGUCCAAGAUGGUGGCGUUGGAUUUGACUACCGUUUACACAUGGCCAUAGCUGAUAAGUGGAUAGAAAUUCUCAAGAAGAGAGAUGAAGACUGGCAAAUGGGCGACAUCGUUUACACACUAACCAACAGAAGGUGGUCAGAGAAGUGUAUUUCUUAUGCUGAAAGUCAUGAUCAAGCUCUUGUUGGUGAUAAAACAAUUGCCUUCUGGUUAAUGGAUAAGGAUAUGUAUGAUUUCAUGGCAGUAGACAGGCCAUCAACCCCUCUAAUCGAUAGAGGAAUAGCUUUGCAUAAAAUGAUUAGACUUAUAACUAUGGGAUUAGGUGGUGAAGGGUACUUAAAUUUUAUGGGUAACGAAUUUGGACAUCCAGAAUGGAUCGAUUUUCCCAGAGGCGAGCAGCGCCUUUCUGAUGGGAGCGUGAUUCCUGGCAACAAUUUCAGUUAUGACAAAUGCCGGCGCAGAUUUGAUCUAGGGGAUGCAGAUUAUCUCAGAUACCACGGACUGCAAGAAUUUGAUCAGGCAAUGCAACAUAUUGAAGAGAAAUACGGUUUUAUGACUUCAGAGCAUCAAUUCAUAUCACGAAAAGACGAAGGAGAUAGAGUAAUCAUAUUUGAAAGAGGUGAUCUCGUCUUUGUCUUCAACUUCCACUGGACCAGCAGCUACUUUGAUUACCGCAUUGGUUGCUCCAAGCCUGGCAAAUAUAAGAUCGUAUUGGACUCAGACGAUCCUCUGUUUGGUGGAUUCGGAAGGCUUGAUAGCAAGGCAGAAUAUUUCACAUAUGAUGGCUCAUACGACGGACGACCCUGCUCGUUCAUGGUUUAUACACCGAGUAGAACCGCCGUGGUUUAUGCUUUAGCAAACCACGAUUAAGACUUGCAGACUUCGGAUCCUAAAAUCGCAAAUCGUAAUCAGGGAAGAGAGAGUCUGAAAACGUGGUUACUUCAUUAUAUUGAAAUGAUGUGAACAAGUCAUCUAGAAUGUAAAGUCUAGUAACGAAAAUAUCUGAAACACUAAAGCCGGGAAUUAGGAAUUUAUUAAGCAAGCCAAAUACAUAAUCAGGAAUAAACCGGUCCUGGAUACAAACGACUCCAACGGCUUGUGGUUGGCCAUGGAAUAUAAUAAUAAAAAUUUCCAGAUAAAA